CCUGAGCAUUCGAUGUCCGGGUUUCUUUCGAUCUUCCCUACGUUGCGCAUGUGGCCGUGGCUCACGCUCCACGAAGCUAGAAGCACCGUCGAAGUGGACCUGCCUCGCUACCAGGCAAACGUCAACUGGAGACUAUAUUACGCCCGAUCCACGGCACAAACCUCCUAGACAAUUUGAUUGCAGACUGCACGUCGACUUUAAAAGAAUUUGAAUCUGGUCUUCUCGUCUCUCGUCUAACAAUCUUCCAGCCUCUUUUCCAGAUAUCCUUCUUCAGUUCAUCGACUUCCGAGUGCCAGACCCGAAUCUCAAGCACGAAUCCUGCAGACAUACCGUCCAAAUGGCCACUCUGAGAGGAACAGGCGCGCAAGAGGCAAGAGGCGACGUCCCAAAGUUCAAUCUUCUACCUUCGAACCCACCAGAAGACCUCUGCCAAUCUCGUUUCUAUGAGCCAUCUACAAAUGAGGACAUUUUGUAUUCUUGGCGUAGACAUAAGGAAAUCGAGCACAGACGGAAGCAAGAGAGGCGCGCUGGGACGCCGAUGGUCCUUUCCACGCUUGGGCCUCUUCCUUCUAUCGACCUCGACGAUAUUCAAGAUUGCUACAAUAAAGCAACGGCCAUCUAUUGGGCAGACUAUCGAUUUCACUUUAAGACCCGACAAUCACCCUUGACCUAUUCCGCGAAAGCCAUGAACGUUAUUUACCCACAAUGGUUCCUUGCUAAAGUACACAAUACCGACAUCGAGUUUAACAAUUUUGUCGCCAAGACGAUCAAUUUACAGGAUACUGAGAUGUAUCGGUAUGCUGUUGAUACUGAGGUGUACCAGCAGACUGUGGCUGACGUCGUUAAAACACAUAAAUCGCUGUGCAAAAGACUAGCCGACGUGAAGCCAGUAUUUGAGAGCUUGGUCUAUCCUUACAUGCCGAAGCGCCCGCUUCUCAAGGGAGCUUUGUUCUUCGGUGUCGACGAGGAGUUCAUGUACUAUAGACUCCGACCUCUCUUUCGUGCGCUUAUCAUCUUCGUCGACAAUCCACUCUCAGAACCUCAGGACCUACUUGUGAAGCUGAUUCGAACUGGACUCGAGGAUAACUUGAGUGCUCCGAUCGACUUCGACAGUAUCAAGCCCGAAAUCAAGUCUCAGAAUGAUGACGGUACAGUGGUUACGGUUCCCAUCCAGACUGCUAUCAGAUUCGUCACGGAACUGGAUGAACGAGAAAAGAAAGCGUUCCCUGACAAGGAAUACGAGGAGGGUCUGAUAUCUCGAUCUCAUGAAGGACUUGAAUAUUUGAGAAAUGGGUUUCACAUGGAAGAGACAUACACUGGCAAGGACCCGGAAGGACCCCACACGACAUGGGUCGAUCACUCGAGACUGGAAGCAGUGGUCGUGCCGCGUAGUUGGGUUUGA